GCCAGCGUAGCAGAAGCAUUUCCGUUAGCGAGGUCUCCUUCCAUCGAUCUGAACGCGCUCCCCACCGGCCGGUCGCGCGUCUCCACCUACCCGCCCGCCCCGCCGUCGCCGUCGCCGUCGCCGUCGCCGUCGCCGUCGCCGACCCAAAACCCUACCCCCCUGUCGCCUCCUCCGCCCCCGCGCCAUGGACACCAACGGCAGCUCCCCGAGGGUUAGGGACACGGAGAGCAGCCUGGAGAAGGUGAAGCGGCAGCUGUCGUCGGGGUCCGGGAGGUACCUGCUGCAGGGCCCCCUGCUGAAGCGAUCUGAGACGCUGAGGAAAUGGAAUGAACGAUGGGUCAUAUUGGAUCCGACAUCUGGCAAGAUGGAAUAUAAACUACGGAGGAAUGAAACUGCCAUUAAGGGGGCCAUUCUAUUUGAUGCCUCAAGCACCAUUACUUUAUCUCCUGUGAACUUUCAAGGGAUGCCAAAAUAUGAUGGUUGCUGUUUCUACAUUGGAACUCCUCAAAAAAAGGAUUACUUUCUUUGUGCUGAAACUCCCGGUGCUGCGAAAGCUUGGGUAUCUACAUUACAUGCAACUCAGUUAGUUCUACAAGCUCAUAAAGAGGCAGUAAAUUCUUUGGCUGGGAAUGGCUCUCCAGCUACACUAGGUACAGUUGCUACUGCAGUUGCUAAUGCUAAUGCAACAGCCAUGGAGGCUACCAAGGAGAUAGAAGCAGCAAUGAAGGUCUUGAUGAGGGCAGCUCUUGGGUUGGGUAAAAAUAACUCCAACGAGGGCCAACUUGAUGAUCUAACCAUCAUGAAGGAAACUCUCCGAGUGAAAGACGAGGAGUUGCAGCAUUUGGCUAAGGAUAUUCGUUCGCGUGAUGCUACAAUAAAGGAAAUAGCAGACAAAUUAACAGAAACUGCAGAGGCUGCGGAAGCUGCUGCUUCUGCAGCUCAUACAAUGGAUGAACAGAGACGCCUUCUAUGUGUGGAGAUUGAGCGCCUAAAACAAGCUAUGGAGAGACAAAUGGAACAGUCAAUGCUAAAGCUAAGACAAUCUGAAGAGAAGGUUAUUAGCCUGAGCAAAGAGAAGGACCAGUUGAUGAAGGACAGAGAUGCUGCAUUUCAAGAAGCUCAUAUGUGGCGCAUUGAACUAGGAAAAGCUAGAGAGCAAGCAGUUAUACAGGAAGCAACUAUUGCCCGAGCAGAAGAGAAGGCAAGGGUUUCUGGUGCCGAUGCUGCAGCUCGGAUAAAGGAAGCUGCUCAAAGGUUGCAUGCUGUUGAGAAAGAAAAGGAGGAGCUUCUAGCUCUGGUUGGUGUUCUCCAAUCACAAGUCCAGAGAGAACAGAGCAGCACAAAGCAAGUAUGCGAGGAGAGAUCCGAAUCAUGCUCCGGCACUGACAAUUCCCCUCCCUUGACAAAGCAUGUCGAUGCAUCAGAUGAUGAUGUGGACAAAGCCUGCGUAAGCGACUCUAGAUCAGUCCUGGUUUCCAGCGACAGCACUGAAGUCCAAUUGGCUGUGGAUGGGGUGGACAUCCGUCCUAUCGGCGACGCAGAGUGGGUUGGAUUCCAGCAGUCAGAAGCGCUGAUCGCCGAUGUGCUGGAGGUCUCUCCAGAGGCAGGCGAUGUGCGGGAGGUCUCCACAGAGGCGGAAGGCGGCAGCUUGGAUAUUCCUGUGGUCAAUCCCCCACCUGUCAAUGACCAUAUGCAGGGAAGCGCAACUCAUCCCUGAAGACCUGAGGUUGCUGCUGCCGAAUACCUUCUGAGAUUGGUGUGAUUAUUGAGAAACCGAUAGGGAUUUAAUCCUCGAGAGAGUUUGUGUUGCGGGUAUUUGCAUCGAUGCGGAUUGUAUGUUCAUUAUAUUUAAGUAUACAACUCAAUAAAAUGAUAGUAGUGCUUGGCUGUGGGAUUGUAAAUUAUAAACGUCGUCCCGUUUUCAUGUUAUUAUUCCCUUCGACAUUU